AUGUUGUUGCUACUCAACCUCCCCGUCGAGGUUCUUGAGGCCGUCGUGCAGGCUUCAGAUACCGUAUCGACCCUGAACAGCAUCGCUCGUACAUGUCGUCACCUGAAAACAAUCGCCAACCCCAUCCUUCAUCGAAGAGCCCUCCAAGAGAAAGCCUGCUGGGACUGGGCCACCAAACGCGACAGAGGCGACAUUUUUGAACGGGUUCUCGCCCAUCAGAUAACAUCGCGAUGGGUCUUCCGUGCCCAUGACCUCAACGUGUGUCUCCUCGAGGCCUUGAAAGCCGGCAGCUUCAGAAUUGCCAAUAUCCUCCUUGACGCGGGUGCGGAAGUGCUAUACAGCGCCGGCUCGCGACAAUGUCCCCGCUGUGAUGAGACGGUGGAUUGGCUGAAAGGGCAAUCUCGUCUCCAUCUCGGCUCUCUCGCCAUAGCCGCACGAAGCCGUUAUCACCUCACAUUCUGGUACAGAUCUAUCCCUGUCAAGCCCUAUAAUUCCGAGACCGAGUAUUGGCGGCUGAAGAAGCGAGCGAUGGAGAAGAUCCUGCGUCAGUUGAGGAAGGACUUGGACCAAAACCGCUUAAAGAAUCCUGAGGUCAGCCGUGAUGAGUAUCAGAGGGAGUUAGACAUUGCUCUCGUCGAAGCAGCCAGCGCGGACGCUCACUCGAUCGAGCUGAUGGACUUUCUUCUCACAGCCGGCGCCAACAUCAACGCAGACGCCAGCGUCAAUGCAGGCGUUGACAACAGCCCGCAGGUCGUCGGCCAGGUGUGGCAUAGUGCUGUGGAUGAAGAGGUUCCAAGUCUUUUCCGCGCCAAGGUUGAGUUUCUUAUAAACCACGGCGUCGACACGACAAGAGUGUGGUCCUGGCACGGCGUCCAGACAACCAUCGACUUCUUUCUCAGAAAGUUGCAAUGGGCUUACCUGUACACAGGCGAUGCCUCUUUCGUCGAGAGAAAUCUGCUUUUCACCGACAUUCUAGAGUCGUUUGGAUGUUUGCAGUGGCCGCAGGUUCGGUUUGGACACUCGACGGCGGAAAACGGGUCUUUGCCAGACAUGCAGGUCCGCGACGUGAACGAACCGGGUGCGAGAGAGUUGCAGAUGAUUUUUGAUGAUGAUCCCGGGAGCAUGAAAUCCAUGGCGCUUCUAGAGGCGCUACGGAGUCACUUGCGCCGCAAACAGCCCGGGAACUGCGCAGAGACGUCCUCGUCCGUGGCUGAGCAGCCAGAGGUCUAUGGUACUAAGGAGAUUCGAGACUUUGAUGCUUGUUGUCUAGAGCUUCCGAGGGGAAUCGAAGGGUUGGAGGAGCUUUAUAGAACUUGGAUUGCUGAGCGUCAAUGCCUCAAUGUAACAUGA